AUGGAUCCGAGGAAAGCACGCGACCCACGGUUGGCUCGUGCAGAUCCACGAUUACAGCGUGCUCAACCACCAACAGCGCCCGCUGCAGUUCCGACGCCCCCUCAGUCAUGGAAUGAGAAUGGUGCUUCUGGCGCGCCUUCUUCGUCCUAUCAAGAACCCGCCGCAGCCACGAGUCAGGUCAAACCUCAAUCUAUCAUCCACAAAGCGAGACCCCUCUUUUGUGUAGUUUGUGCAAGCAAUCAAAAUCGAUCCAUGGAGGGACACCACGUGUUGGCUAAAGCUGGUUAUCGCGUUAUUUCUUCCGGAACAGGUUCAGCCGUUCGAUUGCCUGGUCCCUCGAUUGACAAGCCAAAUAUCUAUCAGUUUGGAACGCCUUACAAUGCCAUCUAUGAAGAGCUUAAUGGCAAGGAUCCCCGUUUAUACACCGCCAACGGUUUGCUCCAGAUGCUGGACCGGAACCGCCGCAUCAAACUAGCCCCAGAAAGGUGGCAGGACAGCAGAACCGUUGCUGAUAUAGUAAUAACCUGUGAAGAGCGGUGCUUUGACGCUGUCUGUGAUGAUUUACUCGCCCGAGGCGGAGAAUUCAAUCGACCAGUUCAUAUAAUCAAUUUGGAGAUCAAGGAUAACCACGAAGAGGCGUUGAUUGCGGGAAAGGCCAUAUUAGAUCUUGCAGCAGCACUCGAGGCAUCAGAUGAUAUUGAUGAAGAUAUAGAUUCGAUACUUCAAGCACAACAAGAAAAGCAUCCGCACAGUAUCCUCCAUGCCGUUGCAUUUUACUAG